UCCCGGCGUGCCCCUGGGCGGCCCGGAGUGGAGGGUUCUAGAAGGCGUGACGUGAGGUCAAGAGCGGGCUCAGAGGUGGACGCUUCAGCAGUCGCUGUGGCCGCAGCUGCCGGGCCCGGGGACGUGGGUGGCCGGGGCCGCGGGUACGAACUCCUCGUUUCCCCGGCCAUGGCCGCGCUCGGCCGGCCGUUCAGCGGUCUCCCCCUAAGCGGAGGCUCGGACUUGCUGCAGUCGCCUCCGGCCUUAGCCGGUCGGGCCUUCCCGCCGGGGGCGGACGGCGCCGAGCUGGCCCCGCGGCCGGAACCCCGCGCCGCCCAGAGCAGCCCCGACGGGAGCGCCGCUCGCGGACGUGUUUCAGUUCCCUGUAAAAAGAAACACAAGCUAGAGCAGGAGGAUGAUGAUUGUCCAGUAAGAAAGAAAAGGCUAACUGAAGCAGGGCUCUGUGCUGGUCCUAAUGACUGGAUUCUUUGUGCACAUCAGGCUAUAGAGGGUCAUGGAGUAAAUCCAUGCACUAGUGGCCUUUCUGCAUCUGGCAUGUUAGAUGUUAUUUGUGAAGAAAUGGAUCAGACAACUGGAGAACCGCAGUUUGAAGUUGCCAGGAGGAGGCUUCAGGAAAUUGAGGACAGGAUAAUUGACGAAGAUGAAGAAGUUGAAGCUGACAGAAAUAUUAACCAUCUCCCCAGUCUUGUCCUUUCUGAUACCAUGAAAACAGGUUUGAAGAGGGAAUUUGAUGAAGUCUUUACAAAGAAAAUGAUUGAGUCCAUGAGCCGUCCUUCCAUGGAGCUUGUGCUCUGGAAACCUCUCCCUGAACUCCUUUCUGAUAAGCCAAAGCCGUCAUCUAAUGCUAAGAACUACACAGGAGAGAGCCAAACUAAGCAUGCCACUGCUGGCACUGCCUUCCCUAGCAGAACUGAACUGUUCUUGGAACCUCGGCAAACAGGGAUGCCUAUUUAUAAUAGUUUGGAGACAGCUGCUUGCACAGAAGAAGAGAUGGAACUCUAGAAACCUGUUUCUGUACUAAAGUCAAAUUUUAGAAGGCUCGUGUUCGGUCGUGAGCCUCCGUAUAUAGUAUAGGGACUUGUAAGUUUUAUGAAACGGGUGUAAUAAUAAUAUCUCCACCUGUGAUUUGGGGUGGUACUCAUUUUGGGUAGCCGUUUCUUGAAUUCAUCUUUUUGCCAAGGAAGCUUGUCUCAAGGGAAAAGCUGUUUUCUAGAGGGAUUAUUAAUGUGAGAUUACAGUCUGCAAAGGCAAGUAUAGAAGCUUUAUAUAUAAGGGUGGCUUACGUUAUCUGUUACAUUGUCUAAACCAUUCAUAUACUUGGAGAAUAUUCACACUUGAAUU